AUGUACGGACUGGCUAAGUGGCUCUUCCGGCGUCUCAAGUUCCUGACCGCUGAGUCAGAUAACACGGUCUCUUCGUCGGCAGAAUUCCUGGAGAAACUCAAAGGGGUAAGCCUCCAUCCAAAUGAGAUCAUGGUAUCUUUUGAUUUUACAUCCCUUUUUACUUCUAUUCCCCAGGACCUGGCGAUCGAGACAAUCGAGCUGCUUCUACAUAGCAAAUACGAUGAAACGGAGAAUCAUCUUGGACGCGCCCAAAUCCUUCAGCUCCCGAAGUUCUGUCUCAGGACGUACUUCACGUUCGACGGGACAAUCUACGAACAGGUGAACGGCACACCAAUGGGUUCGCCGAUUUCGGGGUUCAUAGCCGAAGCUGUCCUGUAACUGUUAGAGUCGCUGGUCUUCCAACACCACAAACCGAAGUUCUGGGCCCGGUAUGUGGAUGAUACCUUCGUCGUCAUCGAACGGGAUCAGGUGUUGACAUUCCAAGAACAUCUCAACGCCGUCUUCCCAGACAUUCAAUUUACGAUGGAGGAGGAAGAGAACAACCAGCUGGCUUUCCUGGAUGUCCUCGUAUGCCGCAAGGAUUGUGGUGGACUAAAGACCAAAGUUUUCAGGAAAGCGACAAAGACGAAUCAAGUACUGAACUUCAACAGCAACCACCCAAUCAGCCACAAACGCAGUUGUGUAAGGACGCUCUAUCAGCGUGUCGAAACGUACUGCAGUGAGCCGGGAGACAAGAUUGCCGAACUAAAAUACCUCCGAUGGGUAUUCAAAGCCAAUGGUUAUCCGCGCAACUUCGUCAACCGAUGCAUACGCAAGAGGGACGAAAGGCCUAACCGCACGGACGCCAAAGUUUGGCGAGCGCUUCCAUAUGUGGAGAACGUUUCGGAAGCUGUUGGUCGCCUUCUCGCACCACUUGGGGUUGGAGUUGCACACAGACCGGAGGCAACCAUCAGGCGUCAGUUAAUGAAACCGAGAGACGCACUGCCACGGUAAGAAACGUCUGGAGUCCUUUAUCGGAUCUAGCGCAGUUGCGGACAAAGAAACUACGUCGGAGAAACUGAAAGACAUCUCCGAACGCGAAUGGCCGAACACGCUGCAGCGGUGCGGAGAAAUGACGCUAGAUCUGAAGUUGCAGUUCAUUCGAUGGGCUCCGGCCGCACAUUCAAAUUUGACGUGCAAUAAUCUUCCCAUUUAA